UGUCACUUCGUACACGAGUAACAUAAUUUUCCCAUUUCUCUUUUUGAUACUAAUUUGAUGGAUUGCCUAGCUUUGAUUCGAUGUUGGCUCAUGUAUUCCGUCAAAAGUGAUUAUGCUGACCCAAAGUGCUGUGAAAAUCGUAACUUUUCAAUCAAUAUUUAUGUUUAGGCAUUGUUUACCGGUAUUAUUGUGGCCGUGAAUUUGAAUUUUCAUUGAAAAUAUCCCGUUUGAAAGCAACAAAACUUCAACAUUUUAUUUAAAUCAUUAACAUAAUUUUUGCUAAUAGAGAAAACGAAACAAAAUAAAAACUAAUUAAAACACAAACGAUUUCUAUUCGCACAUUCAACGUUAAAGACAUACAUUAAAGUGUAAACAUUUUAUUAAAAAAUUUUUUUAAAUGUCUAUUUGCUUGUGAAAUUGCCGUGAUGUCAUCCGUGAUGUCAUCGUCAUCUGCCGACGAAAUUAUCAAAAAAUGUCACGACGUUGGCGAAAAAUUGCAGACUGAAAGCGGUAAAAAUGUAAACACAGCUGGUCACCAUCACACAAACAUAAGUAAUCAUCAGGUGCAUUAUCUGCAUGAGCUGCCACUUGCGGCUGAAAAGAGAUACGAAAUGUUGUUCAGUCAAUUGGAUCGCAACGGCAAUGGUCAAAUUGAUAUUCAUGAUUUGUCUGAAGCACUCAAGGACAUUCAUUUAUCCCAGCAAUAUGCUGAAACAUUUUUACGACAAACAGACACAACGAACCGUGGUCAUGUAAAUUUAGCCGAAUUUAUUCAUUAUGUUCGCGAACACGAAAAGAAUCUGUUGCUACAUUUCACACAUUUGGAUAAAGAUAAGGAUGGCAAAGUGAAUUUGAAUGAUUUGAUAAUUGGAUUUAAAGAGCUGGGAAUCGAAAUUGAUGACAACGAAGCAUUACAACUCCUAAAACGUGUUGACCAAAAUGAUACAUUAAUCAUUAGCUAUGACGAAUGGAGAGAUUUUUUGCUUUUAGCACCAUCCCUUGACAUUCAUCACAUCAUCAACUUUUGGCGACAUUCUACCUAUCUCGAUGUUGGUGAAGACGUGUAUGUGCCUCAAAUCGCAAGCGGUUGGAGACAUUUGGCGGCCGGUGCAGUGGCCGGUGCCGUUUCGCGUACCUGCACAGCGCCAUUAGAUAGAUUAAAAGUCUUUUUACAAGUUCAAACGAAUCGAGUUCGAAUUGUCGAUAGUUUUAGAUAUUUAUUAAAUGAAGGUGGUGUGCGGAGUUUUUGGCGUGGUAAUGGCAUCAAUGUUAUGAAAAUUGCACCCGAAUCAGCGCUUAAAUUUGCCGUGUACGAAAAGGUUAAACGACUCAUCAGACAAAAUGAACAGAAACAACUUAGCAUCUAUGAAAGAUUUGUAGCCGGUGCAUGUGCUGGUGGUGUGUCUCAAACAAUUAUUUAUCCUUUAGAAGUAUUGAAGACCCGCUUAGCUUUAAGAAAAACCGGCCAAUACAAGGGUAUUUCUGAUGCGGCGUUAAAGAUCUAUACAAAUGAAGGCAUCCGAAGUUUUUAUAGAGGCUAUUGUCCUAAUAUUUUAGGCAUUGUACCCUACGCUGGGAUCGAUCUGGCUGUUUAUGAAACUCUCAAGCGGAAGUAUUUAAAGAAACACGAAAGUGAUGACGAACGACCUAGUUUUAUGGUUUUACUUGGUUGUGGUACUGUGUCAAGUAGUAUCGGUCAACUAUGCUCAUAUCCAUUGGCACUUGUCCGAACUAGACUACAGGCUCAAGUUAUCAACAACAAUACGCAAUCAGUUGUACGUCCGCGGGAGCAAACGAUGACUACCAUCUUUAAACACAUCAUCGAAACAGAGGGCAUCCCUGGACUAUAUCGCGGUAUCAUUCCGAAUUUCAUCAAAGUGCUGCCCGCCGUUUCGAUAAGUUAUGUCACUUAUGAAUACACCAGCCAAGCGCUGGGUGUUAGCAUGUCGUGAAAAGGAGUUCAAGUGAUUUCAAUCUAUAUUGUUUAAAUGAGAAACAUAUUUAGUCGACAAAUACUUCCCUAGCGAAUGCAAAGUGUGGAUACUACUCCUACAGCAAUAAGACUCGUGCAAAUAAUUACUAUCUGCUCAAAAUGUAGUUAAAUAUCUAACUAUCUCAAACAAUUAUUUUCUUUUUAAACCAAAACAUGGUAAAGACAAAAAAAAAUAGCUCGAAAUAUUAACAGUUCGUUUGAAACACUACUACGUGUUCUCGAUAAUCUUAUGCAAAAUACGAAAACGCUAGAUAGAUCUAUAAAAAAACAAAAGAAAAACGGAGAAAGACAUUAUUAAAAGGAAACCUGGAAGAUAAUACGUUCUUUUGAAUGUAUCGAAAUGACUUCAUCUAUAGCAACUAAUAUUUAUUAAAUUACUACAAAAUAUUUACUCGAAGGAAACAACAACAUUUUGAACCAAUUCGAUUGCUUUGUAUUUCUCCUUUUUUCACUUUUUAUGUUAUUUAUUUUUGUUUUUUGCUUUAAAUUUGUAUUUAAAAAAAUGAACAUUUUACAUUAAUUCCACUGUAAAUUAAUUGUAUGCAGCAGAAAUAAUUGAGUAAAUUGACUGUGACUCUACUGUUUGCCAUGCCUUAGCUGUGUGCGUGUUGUUUUUCUUAAUUUUUUUAAUUUGACAUCAGUUCAAGAUUUGAGCUGCGAAUCCGAAUUUCGGUAGUAUUUGUGAUAAAAUAAAAACUAUUAUUAACGUUUAUUUAUACUUUCACGAAUAAACGAAUUCACCAUUGUCCGUGCUCUCUACAGCAUUGUUAUUCUAUCAAACUUACACAUUUUUCCUGGACAAAGUAAUGCAUUAUACAAAAGAGCUAGAAUACAGAGCUUGGACCUUGGUUCAACAGAUUGAUCAUAAUACAUUACAACGUGAAUCGAAUGGCGUUCGAUUCGCUGAAACACAUGUCUAUCUUCAAAAUAAAUAACAACAGAUCAAUUUUCUUCUAUAUUUUUUCUUCUUCCAUAGAUUGUUGUAGACUCUAAUUAACUGAAUCUUUCGAUCUACAUAAGAAAUACACAAUAAACUCUUGCACUGUUCAACAAUGAA